UAUUCUCGUGGGAAAACUCAACCUGAGUCAACUUGGAAAAGCUAAAGUUACGUUUGGGUAGCGUUUAAGUGAAUUCGAAUUAAAUUUAAGUUUAAUUUGGUUUGUAUAAGAUCGAACUCAAAUUUGAGUUCAGUUCAUCGAGCUCAAACUUAAGUUCGAACUCAUUGGGUUUACAGCAAAUAAACUCAAACUUUUCAUUGACCAAAGUAGGGAAUGGCGAUCAAUGGAAAAACUUCAGCUUGGUUCUUGAUCUUUACAGUAAUACUAGUCAAUCCAAUCAACGGCGACGAAUUUCCCUUCACAGAAACAACAAUACAGGAGAUUCAAUCAGCCUUUGCUAAAAAGAAGCUGACGUCACGCCAACUGGUGGACUUAUACAUAACCCAGAUCGAAACCUUAAAUCCUCAACUUCGCAGCGUGUUAGAAGUCAACCCAGAUGCGAGGAGAGAAGCGGAAAAGGCUGACGUGGAAAGGGCGGCAAACGAGGGCCGUAGAUUCUUGGGAGAGCUUCACGGUGUUCCAGUGUUGUUAAAAGACUCAAUUGCCACCAAGGACAGAUUGAACACCACCGCUGGGUCUUUUUCUCUGCUGGGGUCUGUGGUGCCGCGUGAUGCCACCGUUGUGGAGAAGUUGAGAAAUGCUGGGGCUGUCAUUUUGGGAAAGGCUAGUCUCACUGAGUGGUACAGCUUUCGGUCUUUAGGCAGAGUUCCUAAUGGAUGGUGUGCUAGAGGGGGACAGGCUCAGAAUCCUUACCUUCCAUCUGGGGAUCCAUGUGGCUCAAGCAGUGGAUCAGCUAUAUCUGUUGCUGCAAAUAUGGUGGCAGUUUCACUUGGUUCUGAAACUCAUGGUUCCAUCCUCUGUCCUUCUGAUCAUAACUCUGUAGUUGGAUUCAAACCAACUGUUGGUCUCACAAGCCGAGCUGGUGUCAUCCCAGUUUUCCCCCCUCAUGAUACCAUUGGACCCAUAACCAGGACCGUCUCUGAUGCAGUUUAUGUGCUUGAUGUGAUUGUUGGGCUUGACCCAAGAGAUUACGAAGCAACAAGUGAAGCAGCCAAGUACAUUCCCCUAGGAGGUUACAAGCAAUUCCUCAACCAAGAUGGGCUUAGAGGGAAGAGACUAGGGGUUGUCAGACAUCCCUUUGUGGACUCUCUAAGCAGAUCCACUAUCUCUGUAUCAUUUGAGAAACAUCUCAACACGCUACGACAUAAUGGUGCUACCAUAGUGGACAAUCUAGAAAUAUCAGAUGUUAAUGUAAUUAUGAACCCUGGUAGAAGUGGGGAGCUGACCGCAAUGCUGGCUGGAUUCAAGACCUCGGUAAAUGAUUACCUGAAGGAGCUCAUUUUAUCUCCUGUGAGGUCACUUGCCGAUGUUAUCACCUUCAAUCAAAAUAAUGAAGAACUGGAAAAAACUAAAGAGUAUGGUCAGGACACGUUGAUAUCUUCAGAGAAGACUAGUGGGUAUGGAGAAAAAGAGAAGAAGGCAUAUGAAUUAAUGGAGAAACUAUCACGCGAUGGAUUUGAGAAAAUGAUGGCAGAAUAUGAACUGGAUGCGAUGGUGACACCAGGUGUUGGUGCCAUUUCUGUGCUGGCAAUUGGUGGCUAUCCAGGGAUUACUGUUCCAGCCGGUUAUGACAGCAACGGAAUGCCAUUUGGGAUAUGCUUUGGGGGAUUAAAAGGUUCAGAGCCAAAGCUAAUAGAAAUUGCGUAUGCAUUUGAGCAGGCUACUAUGAUAAGGAGGCCUCCUUUCUCCAAAUCAUAUGGAUUGACAAAAGAUAAUUUAGUUCAAAGUAUAUGAUGGUUUUGAUGUCAUUCAUUACCAUUCUGUAUUUUUCCGUAAGAGAUCGUUGUAACAUAUCCACUGAUACAUGAAACGAAAAUUGGCGCUGUGGCAGUUGUAAAUUUGUUGUGUCCGUCGGAAUAACGUGAAUAAGAGACAAAAAAGAACAUUUCUUAAA